AUGGAGGAGGCCGAGGAGGCUCGGUGGGCCGCCGUGGUGCUGAGCGCCCUCGCCGUCCUGGUGCCGCUCGCGACCGCCGAGCUGGCCUCCUCGUCCUCCAAGGAGGCGCUGUCGCUCACCUCCAAGGACGUGUCCAAGGACGCGCUCACCAGCAGCCACCAGCUGCUGUCCGGGCUGGGCCUCGCCAGACUGCCCGGCCAGAGCCUGGCGCAGGCCAUGGUGCCCAAGAAGGUGCACGCCACGGAGGACGACUCGAGGGUGUUCGUGGUGCGCCUGCCGCCCAGCCAGCACUACUACUCGCUGCUCAAGUCGCCGCCGUCCGUCGCCAACUCCGUCAGCAAGCAGGUGGAGGUGGGCUUCCGCUCCAACGGCAAGCCGGCCCGAGUCUACCACUGGAACAUCCCCGUGCUCAAGAAGAUGGCGGCGGCGCGGCGCCGCUCCACGCAGGGCAGCAACAGCAAGCCCGCCAAGAACACCAAGAACCCCUCCAAGAGCAAGCUGGGCGCCACCAGGCGGAAGGGCGCCUACCACCGCGUGCAGAUGCAGCACAAGGAGCACCUGCACCAGCAGCACAAGGAGCACAAGCUGAAGCAGCAGCUCCUGGAGGCCGAGCCCGAGCCCGCCGGGCCGUCGCCGUACUACUACGCCCCCGCCAAGAAGACGUCCAUGCACAAGCUGCUGGGCGGCAACGGCAAGCCGCACUCCAUGUACGUGCUGGAGAAGAGCAGGGCCCCCGCCUACUACCAGAGGCUGCUCCCCUAGGGCCGCCGCCGUGGACCGCCGCCGUGGACCGCCGCCUUCCUCCCCCUGCCGCCGAAACGAUUGAAGCUCGGCGCGGCUCCACGCAGAAGGGAAGUGCCAGUUCUCUCAACCAAGGCAUUGUCAAGCCCCAGCCCACUCCGAGCGUUCUUACAGUGUGUUGGUCGUGCCUACUGGUGUCCGCCCGCUCCAGCCGUCGGCAGCUUUUUGAAGCACGAACUUACGUAGCCGGCCGCACCGGGGCACGAUGCUUUCAUGCAUUCCCACGAUAACUGUUCAAGUGAGGUCGUAGUUUUUUGGGCGAUCGGCGAGUGCUUACUGAUUUCAUAAAGAUCAACACUUGUUACUGUGUUGUUUUGACUGAUUUUUGACAUCUCAAUUUUUGUAUUUAUUUUUGUUGUAAAAUGACAUUUUAUUUAUAUCGUAUUAUUUAUUUUAAGACGAAUUAUUUUAUUCUACCGUAAGUUGCAUGAGAGGGUAAGUGUGUGAAUAGCUAGAUCAUUCAUAUAUAUGUGUGUAAAUUUUUGUAAGUGUACUUCUAGUAAGAACAAGGGAGCAGCCUCAGAGCUGUCGUAUUCUUGUUAAAAUUACUAUCGAGAAACAGAUGAAAACGGUUAUCAAAAUGACUUUCUUCGCACUGUUGCCAAAAGUGAAACAAUCCACACGAUGUACAUUUUGUAAUGAAUAAAGAGAUUUUUAGUCA